GUCAAUUUGAAACCCCGGCCAAAUCUAGCACUGCCAUAUACAAUGCUGAACUAUCUCGUUCUCCAGGUCCCAUACGUCCCAAAUAUCCCUCUUUCAAUACCAACGCCCCCUUUAAUCCCACACCCUUUGUUAGUACAGUGACCCCUGCGGGUGCAGCCUCUGCCCAUUUACUUUCACAAAUUUGUUCCCUACCCUCAUUGCCUGCCCACAAUCCCACCGUUGCCAGUCAUGUUCUACCUCCCUCUGCUCUCACCCAUCCCACCGAAAGACCCCAACCUAUGGUAAAUAUUCCCCAAUUGACGGGUAGUGGUGUUGCCUCAAACACUGCCCAUCAGGUUACCUCCAGCUCCCCCCAAUUGACUCCCGUCCUCAGUGAAAUGCAAGUUGCCCGCAUUACAAUGGGUGCUGAAAAAAUUGCCUCACAAUUGCCACAACGUGAACCCCGUGCUCACACCUCUAAGAAACGCACCAGCCGUGAAUUGGAACAGGUUAUGGCCAUGAAUGAAAAUGACCCACGCCGCAUGGAUGAAAUUCGUAAGUAUUCCGCCAUCUAUGGUCGCUUCGAUUGCAAACGUCGUCCCGAAAAACCGUUAACCCUACACGAAGUUUGCGUAAAUGAGGCUGCCGCUCAAUUGUGCCGUCUGGUCCCUGCCUUGCUAACACGACGUGAUGAACUCUUCCCCUUGGCCCGUCAAAUUGUUAAAGAUGCCGGAUUUGGCCACUCGGCAUCGAUUGCCCGCUAUGGCAAUUUACUCUCACAAAUGGUUGGGGGUGGCGCCGUCAAUCAAAAUGCCGCUGGACAAAUACGUUCCGCUUCGGCCAUGUUAGAUUGUGAAUCGAAUGAUACGAAUAACUCAACACCAAACAAACGUCAAAGGAUGUCAUCGUCUGAUGCUAGUUUGUCGGCAGCCGAUAGCAAUCGGGAAUCUGUGGAGGAUCCACGUUACAAUCUGUUUGCCAUGUACCAGAAAUUUGCUGCAAAGCCACCGUUUGAUUUGGCCGAUAUUGCAAAAUUCACAUUAACAAAACCCAAUGAUUUGGAUGAUCAAGAUCAGGAAUCACGUUUUUCGUUCAGCAAUUCCAGUUCGCCAUCUAUGCCAACAAGCAGCAUUGGUUCGCCAACACCUUCGUCUACUACAAAUCGUCUGAUUUCCGAUCUGAGUACCACUCCUACGAAAUCACGCCCCUUAUCCAGUGAUGUGCAAGUUAUAUCAGCUGCUGGCAGUCAUAUCAUUGCGGUAGCCAAUCCUGCCUUGGUCUUAAGUCCAACACUGCAUGAAGCCAUCAGUUUGAAGCGGGAAACCACGUCGCCGGAUCCAUAA